AUGGCUCAACGACAACAAUGCGCCGCACCAUUUGUGUUUACUCCGCAACUCGAACUCGAUCUGAAACGUGGCGUUUAUCGCCAUAACAACCAUAGCAAGAAAUGGACAAGAAUCAUCGCUGACGAGGAUUUCCGAUAUCCACCGGAUACCAAAACAGAGGUGCUACGGCAAAAAUGGCGUCGGAUGCGCAAGGAUGAUCCAAAACUCUCCAUUCUUUUGAGUGGACCAUCUCGCUUGGCGGAUAAAAUGCUAGGGUUAGGAGGCACUCCCGGCGGUGUUCCUCUUGCGGCUCUGGAAGGUGUUACUCUUGUGGCUCCCGACGGCGUUCCUCUUGCUACUCCUGUCAGUGUUUCUCUUGCAGCUCCCGACGGCGUUACUCCUCCUCCCAACGACUUUCCUCUUGUGGCUCCCGUCCGUGUUCCUCCUCCUCCCAACGACAUUCGCCUCCUCCUCCCGACGACAAUCCUCUUACGGCUUCCGACGGGGUUCCUUCUCCUCCUCUUCCCAAUGAUCUUCCUCUUGUGGCUUCCGAUGAUCUUCAUCUCAGACGGUGUUACUCCUCCUCCCAACGGCUUUCCUCUUGUGGCUCCCGUCGGUGUUCCUCCUCAUCCCGACGACAUUCGUCCUCCUCCUCCCGACGACAUUCGUCCUCCUCCUCCCGACGACAGUCCUCUUACGCAAAAAUGGCGUCGGAUGCGCAAGGAUGAUCCAAAACUCUCCAUUCUUUUGAGUGGACCAUCUCGCUUGGCGGAUAAAAUGCUAGGGUUAGGAGGCACUCCCGGCGGUGUUCCUCUUGCGGCUCUGGAAGGUGUUACUCUUGUGGCUCCCGACGGCGUUCCUCUUGCUGCUCCUGUCAGUGUUUCUCUUGCAGCUCCCGACGGCGUUACUCCUCCUCCCAACGACUUUCCUCUUGUGGCUCCCGUCCGUGUUCCUCCUCCUCCCAACGACAUUCGCCUCCUCCUCCCGACGGCAAUCCUCUUACGGCUUCCGACGGGGUUCCUUCUCCUCCUCUUCCCAAUGAUCUUCCUCUUGUGGCUUCCGAUGAUCUUCAUCUCAGACGGUGUUACUCCUCCUCCCAACGGCUUUCCUCUUGUGGCUCCCGUCGGUGUUCCUCCUCCUCCCGACGACAUUCGUCCUCCUCCUCCCGACGACAGUCCUCUUACGCAAAAAUGGCGUCGGAUGCGCAAGGAUGAUCCAAAACUCUCCAUUCUUUUGAGUGGACCAUCUCGCUUGGCGGAUAAAAUGCUAGGGUUAGGAGGCACUCCCGGCGGUGUUCCUCUUGCGGCUCUGGAAGGUGUUACUCUUGUGGCUCCCGACGGCGUUCCUCUUGCUGCUCCUGUCAGUGUUUCUCUUGCAGCUCCCGACGGCGUUACUCCUCCUCCCAACGACUUUCCUCUUGUGGCUCCCGUCCGUGUUCCUCCUCCUCCCAACGACAUUCGCCUCCUCCUCCCGACGGCAAUCCUCUUACGGCUUCCGACGGGGUUCCUUCUCCUCCUCUUCCCAAUGAUCUUCCUCUUGUGGCUUCCGAUGAUCUUCAUCUCAGACGGUGUUACUCCUCCUCCCAACGACUUUCCUCUUGUGGCUCCCAUCGGUGUUCCUCCUCCUCCCGACGACAUUCGUCCUCCUCCUCCCGACGACAAUCCUCUUACGGCUUGGGAGGCACUCCCGGCGGCUCUUGAAGGUGUUUCUCUUGUGGCUCCCGACGGCGUUGCUCUUGCUGCUCCUGUCAGUGUUUCUCUUGCGGCUCCAGCCGUUGUUACUCCUCCUCCCAACGGCUUUCCUCUUGUGGCUCCCGUCGGUGUUCCUCCUCCUCCCGACGACAUUCGUCCUCCUCCUCCCGACGACAGUGCUCUUACGGCUUCCGACGGGGUUCCUCCUCCUCCUACUCCCAAUGAUCUUCCUCUUGUGGCUUCCGAUGAUCUUCAUCUCAGCCAUAGAAAGAAAUGGACAAGAAUCAUCGCUGACGAGGAUUUCCGACUUCCACCGGAUACCAAAACAAAGGUGCUACGGCAAAAAUGGCGUCGGAUGCGCAAGGAUGAUCCAAAACUCUCCAUUCUUUUGAGUGGACAAUCUCGCUUGGCGGAUCAAAUGCUAGGCUUGGGAGGCACUCCCGGCGGCUCUCGAAGUGUUUCUCUUGCGGCUCCAGCCGGUGUUACUCCUCAUCCCAACGGCUUUCCUCUUGUGGCUCCCGUCGGUUUUCCUCCUCCUCCCGACGACAUUCGUCCUCCUCCUCCCGACGACAGUCCUCUUACGGCUUCCGACGGGGUUCCGCCUCCUCCUACUCCCAAUGAUCUUCCUCUUGUGGCUUCCGAUGAUCUUCAUCUCAGCCAUAGCAAGAAAUGGACAAGAAUCAUCGCUGACGAGGAUUUCCGAUUUCCACCGGAUACCAAAACAGAGGUGCUACGGCAAAAAUGGCGUCGGAUGCGCAAGGAUGAUCCAAAACUCUCCAUUCUUUUGAGUGGACCAUCUCGCUUGGAGGAUGAAAUGCUAGGGUUGGGAGGUACUCCCGGUGGUGUUCCUCUUGCAGCCCUCGAAGCUCCCGACGGUGUUCCUCUUGCUGCUCCUGUCAGUGUUUCUCCUGCGGGUCCCGACGGUGUUACUCCUCCUCCCACAGGCUUUCCUCUUGUGGCUCCCGUCGGUGUUCCUCCUCCUCCCGACGACAUUCAUCCUCCUCCUCCCGACGGCAGUCCUCUUACGGUUCCCGACGGGGUUCCUCCUCCUCCUCCUCCCAAUGAUAUUCCUCUUGUGGCUUCCGAUGAUCUUCAUCUCAGUGCUCCUCCUCCUCCCGACGACAUUCUUCGUCCUCCUCCCGACGGCAGUCCUCUUACGGCUCCCGACGGGGUUCCUCCACCGCCUCCUCCCAAUGAUCUUCCUCUUGUGGCUUCCGAUGAUCUUCAUCUCAGAACCCUAAUGGCUCAACGUCAACAACGCGCCGCACCAUUUGUGUUUACUCCGCAACUCGAACUCGAUCUGAAACGUGGCGUUUAUCGCCAUAACAGACAUAGAAAGAAAUGGACAAGAAUCAUCGCUGACGAGGAUUUCCGAUUUUCACCGGAUACCAAAACAGAGGUGCUACAGCAAAAAUGGCGUCGGAUGCGCAAGGAUGAUCCAAAACUCUCCAUUCUUUUGAGUGGACCAUCUCGCUUGGCGGAUGAAAUGCUAGGGUUAGGAGGUACUCCCGGUGGUGUUCCUCUUGCAGCCCUUGAAGGUGUUUCUCUUCAAAAAUGGCGUCGGAUGCGCAAGGAUGAUCCAAAACUCUCCAUUCUUUUGAGUGGACCAUCUCGCUUGGCGGAUGAAAUGCUAGGGUUGGGAGGCACUCCCGGUGGUGUUCCUCUUGCAGCCCUCGAAGGUGUUUCUCUUCAAAAAUGGCGUCGGAUGCGCAAGGAUGAUCCAAAACUCUCCAUUCUUUUGAGUGGACCAUCUCGCUUGGCGGAUGAAAUGCUAGGGUUGGGAGGCACUCCCGGUGGUGUUCCUCUUGCAGCCCUCGAAGGUGUUUCUCUUUGUUUCUCUGCUCCCGACCGCGGUGUUACUCCUCCUCCCAACGGCUUUCCUCUUGUGGCUCCCGUCGUUGUUCCUCCUCCUCCCGACGACAUUCGUCCUCCUCCUCCCGACGACAGUCCUCUUACGGCUUCCGACGGGGUUCCUCCUCCUCCUACUCCCAAUGAUCUUCCUCUUGUGGCUUCCGAUGAUCUUCAUCUCAGUGUUUCUCUUACGGCUCCAGACGGUGUUACUCCUCCUCCCAACGGCUUUCCUCUUGUGGCUCCCGUCGUUGUUCCUCCUCCUCUCGACGACAUUCGUCCUCCUCCUCCCGACGACAGUCCUCUUACGGCUUCCGACGGGCAAAAAUGGCGUCGGAUGCGCAAGGAUGAUCCAAAACUCUCCAUUCUUUUGAGUGGACCAUCUCGCUUGGCGGAUGAAAUGCUAGGGUUGGGAGGCACUCCCGGUGGUGUUCCUCUUGCAGCUCUCGAAGCCGGUGUUACUCCUCCUCCCAACGGCUUUCCUCUUGUGGCUCCCGUCGUUGUUCCUCCUCUCGACGACAUUCGUCCUCCUCCUCCCGACGACAGUCCUCUUACGGCUUCCGACGGGCAAAAAUGGCGUCGGAUGCGCAAGGAUGAUCCAAAACUCUCCAUUCUUUUGAGUGGACCAUCUCGCUUGGCGGAUGAAAUGCUAGGGUUGGGAGGCACUCCCGGUGGUGUUCCUCUUGCAGCUCUCGAAGACGGUGUUACUCCUCCUCCCAACGGCUUUCCUCUUGUGGCUCCCGUCGUUGUUCCUCCUCCUCGACGACAUUCGUCCUCCUCCUCCCGACGACAGUCCUCUUACGGCUUCCGACGGGGUUCCUCCUCCUCCUCUCUCCCAAUGAUCUUCCUCUUGUGGCUUCCGAUGAUCUUCAUCUCAGACGGCGUUACUCCCUCCUCCCAACGGCUUUCCUCUUGUGGCUCCCGUCGUGUUCCUCCUCCUCCCGACGACAUUCGUCUCCUCCUCCCGACGACAGUCCUCUUACGGCUUCCGACGGGUUCCUCCUCCUCCUCUCCCAAUGAUCUUCCUCUUGUGGCUUCCGAUGAUCUUCAUCUCAGACGUGUUACUUACUCUCCUCCCAACGGCUUUCCUCUUGUGGCUCCCGUCGGUGUUCCUCCUCCUCCGACGACAUUCCAAAAAUGGCGUCGGAUGCGCAAGGAUGAUCCAAAACUCUCCAUUCUUUUGAGUGGACCAUCUCGCUUGGCGGAUGAAAUGCUAGGGUUGGGAGGCACUCCUCGCGCUCUCGAAGGUGUUUCUCUUACGGCGUUACUCCUCCUCCAACGGCUUUCCUCUGUGGCUCCCGUCGGUGUUCCUCCUCCUCCCGACGACAUUCGUCCUCCUCCUCCCGACGACAGUCCUCUUACGGCUUCCGACGGGCAAAAAUGGCGUCGGAUGCGCAAGGAUGAUCCAAAACUCUCCAUUCUUUUGAGUGGACCAUCUCGCUUGGCGGAUGAAAUGCUAGGGUUGGGAGGCACUCCCGGUGGUGUUCCUCUUGCAGCCCUCGAAGGUGUUUCUCUUCAAAAAUGGCGUCGGAUGCGCAAGGAUGAUCCAAAACUCUCCAUUCUUUUGAGUGGACCAUCUCGCUUGGCGGAUGAAAUGCUAGGGUUGGAGGCACUCCCGGCGGUGUUCCUCUUGCGGCUCCUCGAAGGUGUUUCUCUUGUGGCUCCCGACGGCGUUCCUCCUCUUGCUGCUCAGGAAGGUGUUUCUCUUGUGGCUCCCGACGGAGUUCCUCUUGCUGCUCCUGUCAGUGUUUCUCUUGCGGCUCCGACGGCGUUACUCUCCUCCUCCCAACGGCUUUCCUCUUGUGGCUCCCGUCGUGUUUCUCUUGCGGCCCCGACGGCGUUACUCCUCCUCCCAACGGCUUCCCUUGUGGCUCCCGUCGGUGUUCCUCCUCCUCCCGACGACAUUCGUCCUCCUCCUCCCGACGACAGUCCUCUUACGGCUUCCGACGGGUUCCUCCUCCUCCUCCUCCAAUGA